AUGACCCUGGCAACCACCAGCUGUCUCCUGCCAGAGUGCAGCCAGAGAGGAAGUGAAGUUGAGGAUGAAUUCCUUGGACUCGGUGAUCUGCCGGAAACCUUCCCUUCAGAUCCGCCCGAGCCGCUGCCAGUGUUUUUGAUGGAACCGGAGGAGGCCUAUAUUGUCAAGAACAAGCCGGUCAACCUGUACUGCAAGGCCACGCCUGCCACCCAGAUCUACUUCAAGUGCAACAGCGAGUGGGUUCACCAGAAGGAGCACACUGUGGAGGAGCGGGUUGACGAGAACUCUGGACUGGUAGUGAGAGAGGCCAGCAUCGAGAUCACUCGGCAGCAGGUGGAGGAGUUGUUUGGGCCUGAGGACUUCUGGUGUCAGUGUGUUGCCUGGAGCUCUGCAGGGACCACCAAGAGCCGCAAAGCCCACGUCCGCAUCGCUUACCUGAGGAAGACAUUCGACCAGGAACCUCUUGGAAAGGAAGUGUCACUCGAACAGGAAGUGUUGCUCCAAUGUCGCCCACCUGAAGGCAUCCCAGCUGCUGAGGUGGAGUGGUUGAAGAACGAGGAAGUUAUUGAUCCUGCAGAUGACAGAAAUUUUUAUAUCACCAUCGAUCACAACCUGAUCAUCAAACAAGCCCGCCUCUCCGACACCGCCAACUACACUUGUGUCGCUAAGAACAUUGUGGCCAAGAGACGCAGCACCACCGCCACGGUCAUCGUCUAUGUGAACGGCGGUUGGUCGACAUGGACAGAGUGGUCAGUGUGUAACAGCCGCUGUGGCCGCGGUUACCAGAAACGCACACGCAGCUGUACCAACCCAGCCCCACUCAACGGCGGCGCCAUCUGCGACGGGCAAGGCAUUCAGAAGCUGCCGUGCAAUCCUCUCUGCCCAGUGGAUGGCCUGUGGACAGAGUGGACUAAGUGGUCCACCUGUGGGACAGAGUGCACCCACUGGAGAAGGAGAGAAUGCAGCGUUCCAGCACCCAAAAACGGGGGAAAGGACUGUGAGGGCAUGGUGCUCCAGUCCAAGAACUGCACCGAUGGGAUGUGCAUGCAGAGUUCCUUAUAUCAGAAGUCCUCUGAGGCAAAAGACAAGAAUGAUUUUGGAAAUCCAUUGGCGCCCAGUACAGAUGAUGUCGCUCUGUAUGUGGGUAUUGUCAUAGCGGUGAUCAUGUGCCUGGUUAUCUCGGUCGUCGUGGCGCUCUUCAUCUACAGGAAGAACCACCGUGACUUUGACUCUGACAUCAUUGAUUCCUCCGCCCUCAAUGGAGGUUUCCAGCCAGUCAGCAUCAAGACCGCCCGCAAAGCUGAUCUCCUCACAUCACCCCCUGACCUGACCUCAGCGGCCGCCAUGUACCGUGGCCCCGUCUACGCCCUCCAUGAUGUGGCUGACAAAAUCCCCAUGACUAAUUCCCCUCUGCUGGACCCUCUUCCCAACCUGAAGAUUAAGGUGUACAACUCCUCUGGCUUAGUGACCCCACAAGAUGACCUGGGAGGGGAAUUUUCCUCUAAACUGUCGCCUAAGCUACCGCACUGCCUCCUGGACAGCAAUGAUUGCACGAUGGGCCGUCGCACACAGACCCAGACGUUGCUCCGCUCUCGGGAUCCGUCCUGCACCGCGCUGGGCUCCUUCAGCUCCCAGGGAGGGCACCUCAUUGUGCCCAACUCAGGCGUGAGUCUGCUUAUUCCAGCAGGGGCCAUUCCUCAGGGCAGAGUGUACGAGAUGUAUGUGACGGUUCAGAGGAAGGACAACAUGAGGCCCUCUGUGGAAGAUGGCCAAACAGUGCUGAGCCCUGUGGUGAGCUGUGGGCCCCACGGGGCCUUGUUUACUCGGCCCCUCAUCAUCACCAUGCACCACUGUGCCGUGUUUGACGGCCAACAGGACUGGCUGAUCCAGCUCAAGAGCCAGUCACAGCAGAACCACUGGGAGGAUGUGGUGGUGGUAGGAGAGGAAAACUUCACCACGCCGUGCUACAUUCAAAUGGAUGAUGAGGCCUGCCACAUCCUGACAGAGACUCUGGGAACCUCCUGCCUCGUGGGCCAAUCUCUCAGCGCUGCAACCACCAAGCGCCUCAAACUAGCCAUCUUCGGCCCUGUCACCUGCCCAGCCAUGGAAUAUCACAUCAGAGUCUACUGCCUGGACGACACACAGGACGCGUUCAAGGAGGUCUUACAGAUGGAGAAGCAAAUGGGUGGCAAGUUGUUGGAUGAACCAAAGUCGCUCAACUUUAAAGACAGCACCCACAACCUGAGACUUUCCAUUCACGAUGUCCCCCACACGUUGUGGAAAAGCAAACUCCUCGCCAAGUACCAGGAGCUUUCCUUUCAGCAGGUGUGGUGCGGCUCACAGAGAAACCUCCACUGUUGCUUCACCCUGGAGCGCUUCUCUUCCAGCACUGUGGACCUGGCGUGUAAGAUAUGUGUGCGCCAGGUGGAGGGAGAAGGACAGAUCUUUCAGCUGGACACUACACUUUCAGAGGAUUCCCAGAGUAUUGACACGUCUCUGCUGGACCCGGCCAGUAACAUCACCACACUGGUGGGGCCCAAUGCCUUCCGCAUCCCUGUCUCCAUCCGACAAAAGUUGUGUGGCAGUCUGGAUGCACCUCAGACCCGGGGAAAUGAUUGGAGGAUGUUGGCCCACAAACUUAACCUUGACAGGUAUCUUAACUACUUUGCCACCAAAUCCAGUCCUACGGGAGUGAUCCUCGACUUGUGGGAGGCCCAGCAUUUUCCUGACGGCAACCUCGGCCGCCUGGCCCAGGUGCUGGAGGAGAUGGGACGCCAUGACAGCCUUGUUCCUGCAGCGACUGAACACUGACACCUGCCCACCAGGGAGUGAUAUUCCAGGGGGGAAGAAGACAUAAAAAGAAAAUAAGAGAGGUGGACGCCCAAAAAGCAUCA